GACCCAUUUGGCCUGCCAGCUUCAUGGCCACCGGGUGCUUCUGCUCCGGAACCUCCGAGCGGAGGAGCUGACGGUUGACCUCGUGGAGCGGCUGCUCUGCUCCUUUGUCUUCCUCACAUCGCGCCACACGUGGAAUGAGGACACUCUUGGAAUGCCGGAACCGGAGUUGUUCGAGGUGAUCUUCGCUAAGCGCUUGGAGCUCAUCGGGUGGUUGGAAGAGGCACCCUACGCAGAUGCUUGCCGGGUGCUGGACGCGGUCUUGAAGACCGCCACCGGUAUCGAGAAGGGGCCUCCCGGAUGGGCUAUAUGGCCAGAGGCAGCGAACAGGGGGAGAUACAUGGCCUUGGGCCGUCCUCAGGCCUCAACAGAUGGCCGUCUACCAAUGGCGGGCUCCUUCGGUGACACGGUUCCGGCGGCUGAGGUGAAUCUGCAGAGCUUGGCCUUCCGCGUGGAGGGGCAGCAGAUGCAGGCCUUAGACGAGCGCGCGGCGCAGGAUCCCGAUGUGCUCCACGUCUUCGGUUCGUCUGCCAAGACGAUGCAAUGCGUGUCGUUGGGCGACUUCGAGCACCGCCAGGAUCGCAAGGUCGUUGGAACCGACUAUGUCAUCAGCAUGUGGGACAAGGAGACAGGUGGCCUUCCAGAGAUCGGCCUUUGCGAUCGGCUCUACGAUCCAGACGACCUGGCGACGGAAGAGCAAUGGAUCGCCGACUUCUUUGAGCCCAUCCGCAAGAAGUACUUCGUCAAGCUGGGGUUUCCGCCAGCUGAUGUCCAGUUCUAUUUGCCGGAGAACACCGUCCCCGAGGACUCCCACGUGGUCAUCCUCGCAGGCGGCCACCCCAAGAAAUCGUCCACGAUCUGGAAGGAAGUUGUGAUCUACAAGGAUUUCGGCUGCUGCCACGUCUUCGCGAUCGAAGCCUGCGGCCGGCGGAAGUAUCGUGUGCUCGAAAUGUCGACGGAUGCUCGCUUCUGCCAUUGGGAGAUGCAGCCG